AUGCAUUCCACCAGCCAAGCACUCCCACGCCAUACUUUGACGACGACGACGACACCACAAUCUUCUCCGACACACCAGCACCACCAGCACCGAGUAUCGCACUUCUGCAGCCACUCAGCUACGCAGCCGUGGCAGCUUCAACCAGUCAUCACGCCCUACCACUCUGUCCAUCCAUCUCUCUCCCCGCAGAUCAAGGACAAGUCAAGACACGAGCAGCCGAGACACCACACACCCGGCGCACACGAGCCUCCGGAGCAUUCGCACUCCAAAACAUACCGCAGGCCAUUCCCUAGGUUCUCCUACCUACUGCGCGCACUUACCAAACCGUCUCGACGCAUAUCGCAUACGUCUUUCGCCCCCUCGACUGUCUUUUCCCCGCAUUUCACAGGCACCACACCAUUCGCCGCACCGCACGGCACCUCACGCGCGCAACGGGUGGGAUAG